UUUAGGGCAAUUGUUUUGUUUGAUAGACGAAGCUUAGGGUCUCUUUGGGUUUGCAACCCUUACUCUCCUGGAAAAAAUCAUAGUUGCUAGACUGCGACACUUCAGACCAGGUACUAUUAGAGCCGCUAAUGGACGACGAGCUAUUUUCCGCUAUCCGGAGCUCAAGCAUUUGAGCCGCUAAAUGGACGAGACUCCUGGGGUAAAGGAUGCAGAGAAUAAUGAGGAGAAAGCACUCGUAUGGAGCAGGGAGUAGGUAUUGUACUACUUCCUGGUAUGGAGCACUGAGAAGCGCUUGGUGACAUCGUCCAAGAUCGACAGGGAUGGCGGGUCACCUGCCGUGAUGCUGCCGUGAUGCUGUCGACGCUAUUGUCCAGUCCCGCAUGGAGCCUGUGGCGAAGCCCCUCAUUUGUGGCACUUGUGCGUGCAGUUUUCGUCGGCCACAGGAUAUUGCGAGGCACAAGUGUAACGCUGUUCGCGCGGCCCGCGCGCGCUGAGUAUGGCGUUCCCCGCCCGGUGGACAGCACGUCUCCUGGUCUACCCCGUAUGGGGCCACGUAGUCAGUCAUGGCAGCGGAAGAAGGAAGGAAGGAAGCUCUCACCGUCCAGGAGCGACACUGACUCGCACUGCUAUCUGGUGCUCACGAGGUGUUUGUUGCGCUGCAAACGGAGCGUCUCUCAUUAGGCGAUUUGAUCGCAGGACAAGAGAGGAGCUGAUGGACGAUCUCUCCAAUGUUCCUCUUGGUUCGGAGCGGCACCGAGUGCUGACGUUGGGACUUGGAGUUCUAGCAUCCGUAGCUGCCUCAGGGGGUGCCACUUCUCCCAUCAGCGUCGACUAGUCCGCAGGAAAGGACCAACCAAACUGCAUCCAACCAUUGGUCUUGCCGAAAAAGAUUAUGGCCAUUGCAUUCUUCUUACGGCAAAAACUUUAACUUGUUUUCUGGCUAAAUCUGAGUCUGGCAAUUACAUGUUAAAACUAGCAAUGUGCUGUCUGAACAAUAAAAAAAUUCAGACAGCACA